AUGUCAGGUUGCAUAGUCAAAAUUGAUGAGAAUUGUCUCAAGGUUUUAAAAGGAUCUUUAACUGUCAUAAAUGGAGAAUACAAAGAUAGUUUGUACUAUCUUGUUGGAGAAAUUAUUGCUGGUGUUGCCACACCAGCCACCUAUUCUAAGAAUGGAGUUAACAGGAACAAAUUGACUGAUCAAAUUAGACUUUUGCAUCAAAGGUUUGGGCAUGGGAUUUUGAAAGGUAAAUUGCAUGAGAAACUAGAUUUCUAUGAACAAGAUGUCUUUGGGAAAAGUUGCAAGCUGAAAUUCUCAAUAGGUACGCACACAUCCAAACAAAUUUUGGAUUACAUUCACUCUGACCUAUGGGGGCCAUCAACAGUUAAGACACUUGGUAAAGCAAGCUACUUCCUGAGUAUAAUUGAUGAUUACUCAAGGAAGGUAUGGAUGUUCUUACUCUAA